GGCCAUUGUAUUGUUGUUAGUUAACAGAAAUCGCUUCCUUAACUUUUCUAUUAUUUGUCGUAUGACUUAUUUAAUAUUACAUUAAAUUAAUAUUCAUCAAAUUUACACAUUAAUUACAGUAAUAUGUUAUUUUAUAGAAAAUAAAAAAUAGUAAUAACUGCUAAAUAAUUGUUUAACUUUGUCUUUUGUGUACAGAAUUUGUGGUUGAAAAUUUUGUACAUCUUUAUCAAACAAAUUAUGUGAAUUAAUAUUUUGAUGGAGUUUUUAGGACUCAAAACAUACCUAAUUUUUUUCCAAAAUGGCAAACAAACCAUGGAAUGCUGUUACUUUUUCUGCUGAUGAGAUUGCAAUGAGCCGUUGUAAAUCACCCGUUGGCUCAUCAGGUAGCAAUCGAAUAGUACGACAUGAACGAGGAGGUUCUGCUGAUACAGGCCUUAUAAAAGCAGAUAAUUUGUCAAGCUAUGCAUCAAGUGAGGAACCUAAUCAAUUUGGCAACAAUGAAGAAGACAGUGAUAUUUUCUAUAAUUCUUAUGGCACAUAUAAUGGAGGUGAAUUAACAGAUGAUGCAGAUGGUUCAAAAACUAAAGCUGCAAUGGAUCAUGUGCGUUUAAAAAUUGGACGUACAAAAGAUCUUAUACGUAGUGAGCAAACUGCUAGAGAUGACAAUGUAAAUGAAUAUUUGAAACUAGCGUCAAAUGCUGAUAAACAACAAUUGGCUCGUAUUAAAUCAAUUUUUGAAAAAAAAAAUCAAAAGUCUGCUGUUAAUAUUUCGCAGUUACAAAAAAAACUUGAAGCAUAUAAUAAAAGAUUAAAAGACCUUGAAACUCAUGGACUUACGACAUCACACCAUUUAAAACAACCUAAAGAAAUGUUAAGAGAUGUUGGUCAUGGUCUAAGGCAUGUUGGUGGAAAUAUAAGGGAUGGUAUUUCUGGUCUUUCUGGGUCUGUUAUGUCAAAACCACGGGAGUUUGCUCAUCUUAUUCGUAAUAAAUUUGGCAGUGCUGACAACAUAAACUCAAUUUCAAAAUUUUAUUUAGGAUCUAGUGAAGCAGAAUUAACAGAAGAUAACAGUGAUCAGAGCAGUCGAAACCACCAUGGUAGUGCUACACUACCUGGAGGAAUAGGUCUUCACACUUCUACUAAUAAUGGGGCUGUUGUAUCACGUAGUGAAGAUGGUGCUUCAGAAUGCAGUUCUGUUACUAGUGAAUCAAUACCUCCACGCACAAGUCAGGCACCACCUCCGCCAGCAUCUGCAUCACCAUCAUUAGAACCAGUUUGGGCAGAAUUAGAUCACUUGCGCUCCAAAAUAGAACACAUCAAGCAAUUAGUGUCUAAAGAUAUUGCUUCAUUAAAUCAUUCCCUACAAGAAGAACGUUUUCGUACUGAGAGAUUAGAAGAGCAAAUUAAUGAUUUAACUGAACUGCAUCAAAAUGAAGUAGAAAACCUUAAACAAACUAUUACAGAUAUGGAAGAAAAAGUGCAAUAUCAGAGUGAAGAGAGACUUCGAGAUAUACAUGAAAUGCUGGAAUCAUGUCAAACCAAAAUGUCAAAAAUGGAACAUCAACAAGCCCAACAUCAACAGUAUGUUACCUUAGAAGGCUUAGAUAAUUCUAAUGCACGAGCUUUGGUUGUAAAAUUGAUAAAUGUAUUACUCACAGUACUUCAAGUAGUAUUACUUCUUGUGGCCACAUUUGCUGGUAUUCUUAUGCCAUUUCUUAGGACUCGGUUACGAAUUCUUACUACAACUGUAGUUGUUGCAGGACUAUUUAUUGCAUUAAAACAGUGGCCAGAUAGUGUUAGUCUGAGUGACUAUCUUAUAAAUCACGGUAAACAGGCCUUUUUGUCGUUAAAAUAAAUUUUUAUGAUACUUCUAAUUUAUUGCUUGACACUAUAUAUUUAGUGGAUAAAAAUUAUAAUACUAUAUUUACCAUGACAAUGGAAAAAUAAUUAUAAAAGUAUUAGGAUACAAAAUUUUAUUAUCAUAUACAAUUUAUAUUAAUGUUAUUUUGGAAAAAAGACAAUAUACUAAUAUUCUCUUGCCCUAUCAUGACAUGUUUUUAAUUAAACUAAUGUAUUAUUUAUAUAUUUAUAUUUUUUUUAUUAUAUGAUUUAUAUUGUUUAAUUUAUUUGAUGAAUUAUCAGCAAUAUUAAGGUUACAAAAAAGCUACAAUACCUUAUGGUGAUAGUGGUUACAACGAAAUAGUAGAAUUUCACUAUUGAAUUUCACAAUUAUUUAAAAUGUAUUUUCUAUUCAACAUUAUAUAUAUUUUUUAUUUUUUAUAUUUCUAUAUUGAUUUUAAUUGUUAUAUUUUGCCCCACAUUCAUCCCAUUUAAAUUUAGAUACUAGUUGUGAUUUAUUAUUAUUUUAUAUUAUUUAUUAAUGUAUCUAUAUAUGAAUUUUUUUAAAGUAUAGUUCAUAAAUUAUAUAACCAAUUUAUACGUUUUAACAUAUUAAGAGAAUUUCGUAAGGAAUUAUUGUGUACUAUUAAUAAGUAUAUUUUUAUGUAUUUUUGAUAAAUGACAUAAAAAUAAAAAAUAAAUAAAUUGUAUAAAUCUAUCAUUCUAUUAAUAUUAACACUAUUAUAAAUAUCAAUUAUCUGAACAGAUGUAUAUUAUGUAUUACAAUUUGAAAAGAUUCAAAGAAACUAUAUAGAAAUAAAACAUAUGGUCAUAUUCUAGAUAUUUCUCAACAAAAUACUUUGUUUUGAAAUUCUAUUUAUAAGUGUAAAGUUUCAAAAAAGUAUAAGUAAGUAAUUUAUUAUGUUUUAGAGUUGUUUAAGUCGUAUUGCACAUUUUAAGUUACCUUAAUUUUAUUUUAAAAAUUUAACCUUGCAAUAAAUAAAAAAGGUAAUUAUUUCAACUUUGUCAAAGAAGUAUUCUGUAUUUUUGUAGAAACAUUUUUUAAAUUAGGGUUUAAUUAAAUAGAACAUGUAUUCUCCAUUCGAAAGUUCCUGUAUUUCUUUUAAUUGUUUAAUUUAAUGAUAAUCUGAUGUUAAUGUGAUAAAAAUUAAGGAUACUCAAAUUGUUUGACCAUUCUUAGUUGUGAUGCAAUGUCGAUUUUUUUAGUGUAACAAAUUAUGUUUUUUAGUAUUAAAUGUUAAUGUAAUAAAAAAAUAUGCUUGUACAAUAAAAAAAAAUUAAAAUUAUAACUGUGAAUUAUUUGUAAAAUUUUAUGUUAGAUUAAAUCUUCUUUUAUUAAUUUUA